AUGCACCGCCGCCUUCCACCCGCCCACAAUUACGUCCGGCUCGCCGUCGCCCCGCCUUGCAACGACGCCAUCACCCUCCGGAGGACCAUCCAGACAGCGCUCGGACAGUCGUUCGGGCUCGUCUCAUCGCACACGUACGUCGACGUCCUCUGGAUCGCCGAGGAGGGCACGGAGGCCGUCGUCCGGAUAUCACCAAGCGAGACGGAAAAGCUGCUGGCUGCCGUAGCCGCUGCCAGCGCCCUGCCCAGGCUUUCGCUUGUAAAACAAUCCACUUUCCUUCCGUCGCUGUUAAGCACGAAUGUGAUUUUCUAA